AUGUCUUCCAACAAUGCUUCGGGUUCUAACCCUACCGGCUCCUUCUCUCUCAUGAAUCUUUGUGGGAGAGUCAUCUUCGAUGGUUCCAACUUUAUGGAUUGGAUCUGGAACAUCAGGAUGGUAACUCGUUACGAGGACAAGGAAUAUGUCCUUGACAAGGAGCUUAAGGAACUCGAUGAGACUACUGCUACUCCUGAGGAGGUCGCUGAAUACAUGACACAUGAGAGAGAUGCCACCAAAGUGGCAUGCAUCAUGAUGGCCACAAUGACAGCCGAGCUCCAAAAGUCCUAUGAGGACUAUUACCCUUUUGAGAUGCACCAGGACUUGAUGGAAAUGUACCAUCAGAGUGCUCGUCAAGAGCGGUAUGAAAUAAUCUCCUCCAUGAUAACAACCCGAAUGAAGGAUGGUGAACCCAUCACGGGCCACAUGCAGAAAAUGCAAAGGUAUGUGGACCGUUUGCUGAAAUUGAAUGUGAACUUCCCUGAGGAGUUGGCAAUUGACAUCAUUUUGCACUCCCUACCCUCGUGUUAUGAUCAGUUCCACAUGACAUACCACAUGAACAAGGAGGAAGUUACACUUAGCGAGCUUCAGGGACUUCUGAAGACCGCCGAAAGUGGUCUUAAAGGUAAGUCAGUUGUUACUACUCCUACUCCUACAGCUACCCCUGUUUUGGCUAUCGGGCAAGGCAAAGGGAAGAAGAGGAAGACCCGUUCGAAGGGUACCAAGGGAAAGUCUCUUGAUGGCUCCUCAGCAAGUGGAACCAAAGGUGGUUCUGCUACUCCUUCUGCCAUCCCUAAGGAUGCUGAUUGCUUCUAUUGCCAGAAUAAGGGGCACUGGAAGCGAAACUGCCCAAAGUACUUGUAG